AUGUCCCUGUUCGUUGGUAUCGUCGCUCCCAACGGGCGCAGCUAUAAGCAACCCACUGGCCUGUUCAUCAACAACGAAUUUGUGCCUGCUACGGGAGGGCAGACCAUCACUUCCUUGGACCCCGCAACCGACAGGCCAAUUGCGACCGUGCAUGCUGCCAGUGCCGAAGACGUCGACCAUGCCGUGAAGGCGGCCAAAGCCGCUCUGGUGCAUCCAUCAUGGAAACAGCUGCCCGCCACGGAGCGGGGCCAGCUCAUGUUGCGACUGGCCGAUCUCAUGGAGCAAAACAGAGAGCUUUUUGCUACCAUUGAUGCAUGGGACAAUGGAAAACCCUACCACGUUGCCCUUGAGGAAGACCUUACGGAAGCAAUCACCACAAUUCGUUACUAUGGCGGCUGGGCCGACAAGAUCUUUGGCCAGACAAUCAACACCACCCCUCAAAAGUUUGCUUACACCAUCCGCCAACCUAUUGGCGUUGUGGGCCAGAUUAUCCCUUGGAAUUAUCCUCUUUCCAUGGCCACUUGGAAGCUCGGCCCUGCUCUUGCUUGCGGCAACACCGUUGUCUUGAAGCCUGCAGAGCAGACCCCUCUGAGUGUACUCAUUCUAGCCCAGCUGAUCAAAGAAGCUGGAUUCCCACCCGGUGUUGUCAAUAUCGUCAAUGGGUAUGGACGUGACGCUGGCGCAGCACUAGCGUCGCAUCCGCUGGUCGACAAGAUUGCGUUUACCGGCUCGACAGCCACAGCCAAGGUAAUUAUGAAGGCAGCUGCUGGAUCGCUCAAGAACAUUACUCUUGAGACCGGUGGUAAAUCGCCACUUCUGGUUUUCCCAGAUGCAGACAUGGAGCAAGCCGUGAAAUGGUCGCACUUUGGUAUCAUGUCUAACAAAGGCGAGAUCUGCACUGCUACCUCUAGGAUCUAUGUUCACCGAGAUAUCCUCGACGUCUUCACUGCCAGCUUCAAGAAGGCGGUCGAGAGUGUUAAGAUCGGCGACCAGUGGGAUGAAUCUGUCUUUCAAGGUCCGCAGGUGACACGCGCUCAGUAUGAUCGCAUCCUCUCUUACUUCGAGAUUGCCAAGAGUGAAGGCGCUACAAUCCUCACCGGGGGAGCACCCUACAAGCCUGCUGAAGCGAAAAACCAAGACGGAUACUUCAUCCAGCCUACAGUGAUCACCAAUGCGACAGACUCGAUGCGCAUUGCCCAGGAGGAAGUGUUUGGUCCGGUAGUAGUACUUUUCCCGUUUGACAGCGAGGAAGAAGCUAUCCGCCGCGCCAAUAACACUACCUAUGGCCUCGGCGCAGCUGUUUUUACUCGUGAUCUUGAGCGUGCGCACCGCGUGGCUGCAGAAAUCGAGUCUGGAAUGGUGUGGGUUAACAGCAGCCAAGACUGCGAUCCUCGCAUCCCUUUUGGUGGCGUUAAGCAAAGUGGUAUUGGGCGCGAGCUGGGAGAGGCUGGUCUUGAGGCUUACAGCCAGGUCAAGGCUGUCCAUGUUAACAUGGGUACUAAGCUUUAG